AUGGAACCUCCUCUUGGUCCUGCCAUUGUGGCAUACAUCCUGAUUCAAAGUGAGCAUGUCCUGAUCCAGGGGGACGAGCUGGAGAUGGAGAUCAGAAUUGCUGAGAAUUCCUUCCUCUACAUCAACUGGGAGCAGGGAAGGGGUGAUGAAAGCAACACUCAGUGUCAAGACAGCUCCUGGGCGUGCAACAGCCCUCCCUGGCCCCUUCUGGAAGUGCAGGAGUCCAGCACCACCAAGACAAAAGGAAAACCCAUGACAACAGAAGACGCACCCUCGGGGGCCCCCUUGAAGCCGCUGGUGUUCCGCGUGGACGAGACCACUCCUGAAGUCGUGCAAAGUGUCCUGCUGGAGCGUGGGUGGGAUAAGUUUGAUGAGAAGCAGCAAAAUGUCGAGGACUGGAAUCUGUACUGGAGGACCUCCUCGUUCCGAAUGACCGAGCACAUCAGAGUUAAGCCCUGGCAGAGGCUAAACCACCACCCUGGCACCACCAAGCUCACCAGGAAGGACCAUUUGGCCAAACACCUGAAGCACAUGAGGAGGAUGUACAGCACAUCCCUCUAUGAGUUCAUCCCUCUGACGUUCGUCAUGCCCAACGACUACAUCAAGUUUGUAGCUGAAUUCUAUAAGGAGAAGCAGACGCUGGGUACCAAGCAGAGCUACUGGAUCUGCAAGCCGGCAGAACUAUCUCGUGGGCGAGGGAUAAUAAUCUUCAAUGACCUUAGAGAUCUAAUUUUCAAUGACACACAUAUAGUACAGAAGUACAUCUGCAACCCUUUGCUUGUCGGUAGAUAUAAAUGUGACCUCCGCAUCUAUGUCUGCGUCACCAGCUUUAAGCCUUUAACCAUCUAUGUGUAUCAGGAAGGGUUGGUGCGGUUUGCUACUGAAAAGUUUGACCUCAGCAAUCUGCAAGACUUUUACGCCCAUUUGACCAACAGCAGCAUCAAUAAGUCGGGCGCCUCGUGGGAAAUCAAAGAAGUGGUUGGUCAAGGUUGCAAGUGGACACUCAGCAGGUUUUUCUCCUACCUUCGUAACUGGGAUGUGGACGACUUGCUUUUGUGGCAGAAAAUCAACAGCAUGGUCAUCCUUACAGUCCUUGCCAUGGCUCCAUCAGUCCCCUUGGCUGACAAUUGCUUUGAGCUCUUUGGGUUUGAUAUCCUGAUAGAUGACAACUUGAAACCAUGGCUUUUAGAAGUCAACUGCAGUCCUGCCUUGUCCUUGGAUUGUCCAACCGAUGUGUUGGUGAAGAGAAAGCUUAUCCAUGAUGUUAUUGAGCUGGUUUACUUAAAUGGCCUAAGAAAUGAGGACAAAGAGCAUGGCAAAGCCACAAAUGGAAAUUCCUUUUCCAAGAGUGAUCAGUGUAAGCUCAGGGAGGCUCACGGCUCUCUUCCCUAUGAGGCUCUCUUGCAAUUCAAGAGCAGGACAUAUAGUUCGAGUGACACUGUCAAGGAGAAAGCUGUCAGAUUGCUUCCUAAACACACACGGACCUCCCAACUGAGAGAGAUGAUGAACGAGCAGAAGGACUUACUUGUGCCGACAAGACAGGCACCAAGGCUGAUGAGCAGGCACACACCUCAUGAGGCAUUUGUACCCUAUGCAUCACUCAUUCGGUCACAUCCCUGCAAGGCAAAGGUCUCCCCGGGUAUCCCUCCUGACCCUGGCCAGGCACCGAGUCCCCACGCAGGCAACUUUGUGCUCAUUUUUCCUUUUAAUGAAGCCACAUUGGGAGCUUCCAGGAAUGGCUUAAAUGUCAAACAAAUAAUCCAAGAGCUCCAGAAACUAACGAAUAAGCGACAUCCCCAAGUAGAAAAAAAUAAAACCAACAGAAGUGCUGGUGGCCGGAGCUGGGUCACACAGUCACCUAAGUGUCCACCGGCUGAUAAGUUGCACACACGCCCGAUGCAGCACUACGAUCUCUUCCAAGCUAGCGGUGUGCGGUCCAGUGCUGUCACCAUGCUGGGCGGGUACAGCAAGCCACAGUGUCCUUUCAGCCACGUGGUCACCAAGGGCAAACAACUAGUCCUCUACGGUCUGCUGUGUGGCUGA